AUUUGAAAAGUCAUUUUCGCGGAGCGACGAUUGGUCCUCGUCCCGCCGUCUUCCGGUGACGUCACCGCCCAUCCGCUGACAUGAGGACGGCGGCGUCGCUCCGAAAAGCGAGAGAAAGAAAACAGGAAAAACCAUCGGCGGAAAUCUUGGAAACUCAGCACAAUUCCCUCAAUCGUCCUAAAUGUGUCGCUUUCGCUGAAGGAAAAGUCUAUUCGUCGACUGGAACCGGCGCGGUCGCGCGGCACAGCCCGUCUUUCGAGUUGAUUGUUCUUCGGCUGCUCUCCAACAGUUUUAGCUUGGCUAGCUCGCAUUAGCCGGGAAUGUGGACUUAGCCCUUGUGCCGCUUUCGGGAUUCAUAGCGACGCUCUUUAAUCCGGUCCCAGUUCUGCCGGUGUCGGUCGGUCGGCGGCGGCGGCGACGACGACGAUGGCGACGUCGGCUCUCUACGCCUGUACGAAGUGUAACCAGCGGUACCCGUUCGAGGAGCUGUCGCAGGGGCAGCAGCUGUGCAAGGAGUGUCGCAUCGCACACCCAAUCGUGAAGUGCACGUACUGCAGAUCCGAGUUUCAGCAAGAAAGUAAAACCAAUACCAUCUGCAAGAAAUGCGCCCAGAACGUCAAGCAGUUUGGGACGCCCAAACCGUGUCAGUACUGUAACAUCAUUGCGGCGUUUAUUGGGACCAAGUGCCAACGUUGUACCAACUCUGAAAAGAAAUACGGGCCGCCUCAAACCUGCGAGCAGUGCAAACAACAGUGUGCCUUUGACCGCAAGGAGGAAGGCAGGAGAAAAGUGGACGGAAAACUUCUGUGCUGGCUCUGCACUCUGUCCUACCGCCGCGUUCUGCAGAAGACCAAGGAACAGAGGAAAGGCUUCGGCUCCUCCAACUCUUCGGCCCUCAACGAGAAAGACCACCAUCAUCAUCAUCAUCACUCGCUGCAGCACCAUCACCAACAAAGACACAGCAGCGCUCACAAGCUCAGCGGAAGCCUGAGUCCUGAACAGGAGCAAGGAUUGUGGAAGCCCAGCCAUAAAUCGUCUUCGAUCCAAAAAGAGACUCCAAAGAAGAAAGCCAAAUUGGAGAUGAAGCCAUCAAACGGUGACAGCGGUUCAAUCACCCAGUCCGUGGACUCGGGAGGAACCGACAACUUCAUUCUCAUCAGCCAACUGAAAGAAGAGGUGAUGUCGCUGAAGAGACUCCUGCAGCAGAGGGAUCAGACCAUUCUAGACAAGGAACGAAAGCUCACAGAACUGAAAGCUGACUUUCAGUAUCAAGAGUCCAACAUGAGAGUCAAGAUGAACCAAAUGGAGAAGGCGCACAAAGAGUCGAUGGAACAGCAGCAGGCGAAGAACAGAGAGCUGAUGAAACAAGUGGCCGCGCUGUCCAAAGGGAAAAAGUUUGAGCGGACGGGGAGUUCGCUGCCGCUGCCCUAACAAUUUGCCCACCAGCGGGGACGACCUCAUUUCCCCACCGGGAAGGCGUUUCCUCUUUGCGCCAGAAACGACGAAGCGGAAGCGCCCUCGAAAACGCCCGGACGCAACUCGGAUGUGGGACGGCGCCGUCGUUUAUUAGCACUGCCGGCCGAAAUGUGGCAAGCAUCCACAAAUGCUCUGGAUUUUCUAUGCGUUGCGCACUAUUUUUUUAUUUAUUGGACUCUCUGUCUUGGCUCCCCCAACUGCCAACCCUCCCACCCAACUCGAUGUCCUCAAGACAAUACUACGCCACAUUGGGGGGGUCCUUUAAUAGCUAUUCUAUUUUUCUAAAAUAUUCUGGAAGAUGAGUUUUCCAGAAUGGAGAGACUUCACAAUAUAUGCAAACUUUUGGGGAGGGGGGGGGCACACGCCAACACUCCGUCAAGCAGUCGGCGAACCUGUUGAAACUUUUGUGGAUGGAAACUCCCCCCUCCCCCUCCCCCUUUGCUGUUUCAUCUUGAUUGCAACGAUUGUAAUUCUGCAUGAUUUUACCAGCGGGUGUUUUUAAUUGCCAAUUUUAAUUUCUUUUUUUUUUAAAAGAAACUCUUUUAAACGUAUGACAUUGGGGUCAGCUGUUGUAUAUUUCAACUCUUGCUUGUGUAUGUUUUAGUGAGUAUAGUAUGUGUACGGUGAGGCCAGGUGCAUUGAUCAUUUAUAGGUUUUGCAAAAAAAAAAAAAAAAAACCACUCCCUUCACGUCUUUAUUAUUGGGCCGUUUCAUACUUUGCUGUCAAACAACAUUUUUGUAUCUCUUCCCCCCCCCCCCCCAACCCCCCGAACCAAGUGUUUUAAAAACAAUUAAAUCUGGUUAGAAUCCA